AUGACCGGAAUAUCAGCGAAAACAACGCUUGAUGGCUCAGCAAAACCGGAGGAUAAAGCUAAUCCUACUGCUACUGCGGCCCACGCGGCGUGCGAGGAAUCGUCGCAAAAUGUUACGGGACAGGAUUGUUCCAUGAAGGUUCCUUUUCCAGUUGCUAUUGUUGGCAUGGCAGUCAGGCUUCCCGGAGGUGUUAACACGACGGAAAAGUUCUGGGACAUGUUGAUCAACAAAAAAGAUGGACACUGCAAAGUCCCAGAGACAAGAUAUGGGGCGGACGCAUUUUACAACGCUACCCGCCCGGGCACCGUCAAAACCCGUCAUGGGUAUUUUCUACAGGAAGACGUUGGUUAUAUUGAUCGGUCGUUCUUUUCCAUGAGCAAGACUGAAGCAGCAAAGCUGGACCCACAGCAGAGGCUGCUCCUGGAGGUCGUAUGGGAAUGCAUGGAGUCUGGUGGUCAGACAAACUGGCGUGGUCAAAGCAUUGGUUGCUAUGUUGGCGUCUUUGGAGAAGACUGGCUGGAGAUGUCUAGCAAGGAUACCCAACACGUGGACCGAUUUCAUGUCGUAAGUGCAGGAGACUUUGCGCUCUCGAAUCGCGUGUCCUACGAAUACGAUCUACAGGGGCCGAGUAUCACAUAUCGCACGGCUUGCUCGUCCUCUAUGGUUGCAUUGCACGAUGCCUGUCAGGCAUUGUAUAGUGGUGAAUGCUCCUCGGCCGUCGUCGCCGGAUCGAAUCUUAUCCUGACACCAACUAUGACCAUGUCUAUUUCCGAUAACAUGAUAUUAUCACCCGAUGGACUUUGUAAGACAUUCGAUGCCUCCGCUGAUGGCUAUGGCAGAGGUGAAGCGAUCAACGCCAUCUAUAUUAAGCCAUUGGCGGAAGCUUUGCGACAAGGCGACCCUAUUCGCGCCGUUAUUCGAUCGACCGCUGUGAACUGUGACGGAAGAACCCCGAGUAUCACCACACCUGGCUCAGAAGCCCAGGAGCGCCUCAUUCGACGCGCAUAUCAGAAGGCUGGCAUUGAAAAUAUCUCCCAGACAGGAUUCUUCGAAUGCCAUGGAACGGGGACAAUUGCCGGUGAUACGGCAGAGACAUCUGUCGUCGCGAAGGUCUUCCCUGAGGGCAUCCAUAUUGGAGCGGUCAAAGCCAAUGUUGGACAUUCGGAAGGUGCAUCGGGGAUAACCGCCAUUAUCAAGUCUGCCCUCGCACUCGAAAAGCGGAUGAUCCCUCCCAAUGUGCAUUUUGAGAAUCCAAACCCAUCAAUUCCGUUCGAAACGGCAGGUCUGAAAGUGCCACUAAGCCCGACCGCAUGGCCUGACGGUCGGUGCGAACGAGUGAGCGUGAAUUCAUUCGGCAUUGGUGGAACAAAUGCACAUGUCAUCUUGGAGUCUCUUUCGUCCCUGUCUCACGCUCAACAACAGCGAUCCACAGAUACGACAAGCCCUCGAGUGCUGGUCCUGUCUGCAAAGAAUGGAAAGUCCCUACAGAAGGCCGUGGAGCACAUGAGGGAGUAUACAAGCAAAACUCCAUGUCCAGUGAAUGAUCUGGCAUAUACCCUAGGCUCUAGACGGGAACAUCUGGCUCACCGAGCGUUCGCCAUCAUUGAUCCCGAUGGAACGAUGUCAGAUUUUGAGAGGUUUCGCGACAUACAAUCUGGAAUCACAUUUGUCUUCACUGGCCAGGGUGCACAAUGGGCCGGCAUGGGAAAGGAAUUGAUGACUGCAUCAUCACGCUUCCUGAAAAGUAUCAGGGCCAUGGAUAAGGAGUUGUCGCUGCUGAUGAAUCCUCCUAGCUGGACCUUGGAAGAAGAGCUUGUGAAAGACGAUGAAUCCUGCAGGAUUCAGCAGCCUGAAUUUGCCCAGCCGCUCUCCACAGCAGUACAGAUCGCACUGGUAGACCUUCUCGAGGAAUGGGGUGUACGUCCAACAUCAGUCAUAGGUCACUCUAGUGGUGAGAUCGCCGCUGCCUAUGCUUCUGGUUCAAUGAAAGCAGGUGUGGCAAUUUCGGUAUCAUACUUGAGGGGUAAAGCUGUUGGUGAGGCGACUACAAAGACUGGAGGCAUGGCUGCAGUUGGUCUCCCGGCCGACAAGGCCAGGAAGUACCUGCUGGGCGAUGUGGCUGUGGCGUGCGAUAACAGUCCACAGUCCGUGACAUUGUCUGGUACCGCAAGUUCUCUUGACAAGGUUCUUGAAAAUAUCCAAGCAGAUGACCCAGAAACGUUUUGCAAACGACUCAAAAUCUCUGUGGCAUAUCACUCUGAGAGCAUGAAGGAACCCGGAAUUUCUUAUGAGGCCAUGAUGAAGCAGGUCAUAUCCCAUAAUGAAAAAAUGAUCCCGCUGUACUCGACAGCCCGAAACAAUGUAAUAGUGGAUCCGACGGUCCUGGAUGCAUCAUACUGGCGGGAAAAUCUACAAUCAACGGUUUUGUUCAAUGGUGCCGUUCAGCGAUUGCUCCAAGAAGCAAGGCUGCCAACAAUAUUUGUUGAGAUUGGUCCUCACUCAACGCUCUCAAGCCCGCUACGCCAAAUUCUACGCAAGCACGAUGCCGAUCAGACUUCCAAGUAUAUCCCGACCCUCGUUCGUGGCCAGCCUCAGUGGAAGGCUCUUAUUACGACUGCUGGAAGACUUCAUAGUAGCGGGGCCUCUGUUGACCUGGAUGUGGUCAAUGAUACUAAAGGUGCCUCGAUUUUGACGGAACUUCCAGCUUAUCCAUGGCUGCACGAGGAGAGUUUCUUCAGCGAAACCAGGCUGGUUCGUGAAUGGAGAAACCCGAAGGAGCCACAUCACGAGCUACUAGGGCCUCGCUCUCUGGAAUCAACAGACCUGGAACCUUCAUGGAGGAGAGUUCUCUUUGUCGGACAUGUGCCCUGGUUAUGGGAUCACAUUCUAGGCAGAGAACUCAUUUUCCCCUGCGCUGGAUAUAUCGCCAUGGCUGGUGAGGCGAUUCGACAGACAACUGGGGCGGAAGAUUACACAAUCCAUAAUUUGACCAUGAAGACGCCGUUGGCGCUCAAAGAGAGCGAAGCCGCAGAGCUAGUGACCAGCCUUCGCCCGGCAAGACUCACUAUGACGACGGAUUCUCCGUGGUAUGAGUUCACAAUAUCGGCGUACCAGAAUGGGGCAUGGAAAAAGCAUUGCACUGGCCAGGUGAGGGCCGGAACAGUGAAACAAUAUGUACCUCGUGAUAUCAACUCAUAUCCACGCAUGGUAUCUUCCAAGUCAUGGUACGAAGUGAUGAAAAAGCGCGGCCUAAACUUUGGGCCUGAGUUUCGAAGACUGGAGAACAUUUCUGCCAAUCCCUGUGGUCCCCAAGCAAGCGCCCGUAUCCAAUACAGUGAUGAGAUCGAUACGAAGCACGCCAGUAUUUAUGCCCUUCAUCCCACCAUCAUUGAUCAGAACCUUCAGAUGCUUGGCGUCGCAAUGUGUCGCGGAUCCUCUCGUCAUAUGACAAAGCUCUGUAUGCCAGUGGCAAUCGAAAACAUAUAUGUUGCUCCAGGUCGUGGGGUAAUGUUUAUUGAUGCAUCGUGCAAUCCUACUGGUGACUCCAUUAUUGGCAACGCAAUGAUGGUCUCUGAGAAAAGGGUUGUUCUCUCAAUUGAAAAAUGCAUACUUUUCGGAGUGGAAGAUUCGGAUGACACGACAGGACAUGAUUCUUUGGUUGCCCGAAUUGAUUGGAAGCCGCAUGUCGACCUGGUCUCCGUGAGGGAAGACCUUCUGCCCAAUAUAUUGAAUAAUCACGCUUCAACUCUCUUGGAUGCUUUCUUUGGAUCGAUUAUCACAACAACAGCGGACAAGAUUCAAUCACUGCAUCCGAAUAAUUCCCACCUUGAAGAAUACCAACGCUGGAUUUGUUCCCAAGCGAAUGCGAGGAAAGAAAACGGGAAUAGCAAAAACUCACUUUGCCAAUCUGAUCAUCUGACCGAGAUCACGAAAGAGAUCGAGAAAGAUCACACUGACAUGGCACCUCUGUUGAGACUGGUAAAGAAAGUUUCAAUCGCUUCGGAUGGCGUAGUGGAGGGAAGGGUCCGCCCUGAGGAACUGGGAAAUACGGCAGAAUCUCUGUUCAGUGUGUACAAGUCCUUGUCACUGACGGCAGGGUGCACCGAACUCUUCUCUCUUCUUGGCCAUUCUAACCCGAUGAUGCGAGUCUUGACAAUUGGGCUGGGCAAUGGAUUCGCAGUCACCCAAGCCUUAUGCGGGCUGACAUCAAGCAAUGGCACUCCUAUGUAUUCAAAAUAUACUGUCACAGACAGGACGGAAGACGCCGUUUGUCGUGCAAAAGAUUUAUUUUCCUUUGCUCCCAAAAUUGAGUGCACACUACUCGAUAUUGCCCGUGACCCUAUUGCGCAGGGCUUCGAGGCUGAGGGCUUUGAUUUGAUCAUCGCUUCGGAGGCAUUCGAUGCCGACAUGCCGAUGUCGCCCUGCCUGAGAAACAUUUUCACUUUGCUUGCCCCAGGAGGUCGACUGUUUUACCAAGGGGUGUUUUCCACAAUUCCUUUGGUCACAUACGUGAUGGGCAUCUUUCCCGAGUGGUGGGCUCAACAGGACCCCUCCUUCAGCAAGCCUUCUAUAACCCCCCAGCAAUGGGAGAAAGAACUCAAAGAGAACGGUUUCAAUGUGUCUGACAUGUUGACACUGAAAGACUCAUCAAUCCAUCAUGCGGGUACAACGAUUGCAUCGCGGUCAUAUCCUCUGAUCAGCAACUCUUCAAAGGAAGUCGCCAUUAUGUAUCUGUCCACAGUGCCAGAUUGGGCUCGCACCUUGGCAACGGGCCUAGAGAGAAGAGGGCAGCUUGUGACAUGGGUCCCUUUCGGAGAGAACCCUCCCCCAGGGAUAGAUUUGAUCUCAGUCAUGGACCUGGAAGGUCCAUUCUUCGACAAUAUCUCUCCAGAAAGGUUCGCUCAGUUCCAGCAAUCCGUCAGUCAAAUCAAAAGCUCUCAUGUUCUCUGGGUCACAGGAAGCUCUCAGAUGUCGUGCAAUGAUUCGCGGUUGGGCCUCACUUUGGGGGUCAUCCGAACAAUCAGACACGAAGUGUCACCUGAAUUCUAUACCCUCGAGAUCGAUGACUUUGACGACUCAUCUGUCAGUGCCACAAUUCGGGUUUUAGAGCACGUGAACCAACAACGAGACGGUUCAAUGGUAGAUCCCGACCGUGAAUUUGCAUACAAUCAAGGAAGGCUUCACGUUAGUAGGGCUCACUGGAUUAGCGCUCGCCAGGAGCUGUCCACGACAAGGCCUACCGACUGCGAAGCCAAGUUCCUAGAUAUUGGAUCAUAUGGAUUGCUCAACACACUUGCGUGGUCGGAGCUUGCGCACUCCGAGAUGCAAAAUGACGAGGUCGAAGUCGACAUGAAAUACAUUGGACUGAAUUUCCGGGACAUGAUGGUCGCUCUAGGUGUAGUCGGCGAUAGAAGUGAAUUCGGUGUCGAAGGCAGUGGUGUCGUCCGUCGUGUAGGCUCAUCAGUGACGCAUGUCAAUGUUGGCGACGCGGUGAUCGUUGUUGGCGAUGGACUUCUGUGCACACGCAAAAUCGUUGCUGGGGAGCGCUGCUUCGUUCUUCCUGACGGCAUUAGCUUGGAUGAUGCGGCCACAAUUGCCUGUGUGUAUGGCACGGUAAUCCUCUCACUCAUUCACAUAGGCAGACUCCAGAAAGGCCAGUCUGUCUUGAUACACUGUGGAUGUGGUGGUGUUGGAUUGGCAGCCAUUCAAAUCUGCCAAAUGAUAGGAGCCAAGAUUUUCACCACUGUUGGGAAUGAAGAUAAAAUUCGCCAUCUUAUGGAAACGUUUGGCAUCCCUCGGAAUAAUAUUUUCAGUUCUCGAGACCCAUCUUUCUUACAAGGAGUGAUGGAGCAGACUGAAAAUCGCGGAGUGGACCUCGUCCUCAACUCUCUCUCAGGCGAACUUCUACAUCUUUCUUGGAGAUGUGUUGCUAAGUUUGGAAAAAUGAUUGAGCUGGGAAAGCGCGACCUUCUAGGACAUGGCCAACUGGACAUGAAUGUUUUUGCCGGAAACAGGUCUUUCGUCGGUGUCGAUGCGAAACAAAUCAUAGACGAAGACAUCAGCCAGUUCCAGAGUGUGAUGCAAGAAUGCAUGGAAUUCCUCAGUCAAGGUCAUAUUAAGCCCAUUCGACCUCUUACGGUUUUCGACGCAGCGGACAUUAGCCAAGCUUUCCGGUUUAUGCAAACCGGGAAACAUAUGGGAAAGAUUGUUGUGAAGAUGCCCGAUAAUGCCUCGGAGCUACAAGUUUCCCCCGGUUCCACAUUUAUAUCGCUUCCCUCUGAUGCCUCGAUUGUCAUCGUUGGGGGUCUGGGUGGCUUGGGUCGCACUGUGGCAACUUGGUUGGUCGAGAAGGGAGCCAGAGAUUUGGUAUUCCUCAGUCGGUCAGGCGCGACCUCCCUCGGGUCUCAGUUAUUCCUGGAAGAACUUCGCAGCCAAAAUUGUUCAGUGACGGCGAUCGCAGGAGAUGUGGCCAAUAUAGAGGAUGUGAAGCGUGCAGUGACCGCUUGCAAAAGGCGUAUUGCCGGGGUUAUCCACAUGCCCAUGGUGUUGAAGGAUCAACUACUGUCAAAGAUGACGCAUGACGAGUGGCACUCGGUGUUGUCCUCAAAGGUACAGGGGACGUGGAACUUGCACAACGCACUCAUUGACCAUAGACUGAACUUCUUUGUGUGUUUCGGUUCACUGGCUGGCCUCUGUGGAAAUCCCGGUCAAACAAACUACGCAGCAGCAAACGCGUUUCUAGAUGCUUUGGUCCAGUAUCGAUCAGGUCGCGGACUUGCAGCAAGUGUUAUUGAUCUCGGUCUGAUGAACGAUGCAGGAUUUGCAUAUGAGAAUGCACCCAAACUCAUCCAACGUGCAAAGUCCGCCUCGAUGCGAACUGUUGAAGAAUACCAGCUAGUCCAGGCUCUGGAACUGGCAAUUUGUCUGUCGGGUCAAAUAGCGCUGGGUCUCGGAACUAUCAAGCCUCUCUCUAGUCCCGGUGUCGUGCCACCCUGGACUCGGGACGCGCGCUAUAGCAUGUGGUCAAAUGUCAUCUCAACCACUGAGCCAGUAGCAUCUGCGAUGGACGGGGAUCUCAAGGAACUGAUGGACUCUGUGAAGAGUAAUCCUCAUAUACUUGAUGACCCUGCUACCCAAGCGAGAAUCACUAAAGUUCUCGGUGUGGAGAUUGGAUCUCAUUUAGCAAACAUCGACGAUAUGGACGAGAAUGAUAUCCACAACAUGAUGAUCGAGUCCCUGGCUAUGAUCGAAAUCAGAAGCUGGUAUCGCCGCCAUCUCGGCUUGGAGUUGCCUCUGGUCGAGAUUUCAAACGCGCAAACAAUCGGAGGCCUUGGAAAGGUGACGGUCCAGGCGCUACGUGCCAAAUAUCAAGUAGCCACCAACAUGGAGGUUUCUGCGGGAGAUUCUACGCCCACAUCAAAUGAGAAAGACCUUCAGUAUGUCCAAGAUGCGACACUCGGUCGGGCUAUUCAGCCCAUCUCGGAGCCGAUAACCGAGUGGUACGCUGAAUCUGAAGGGCACGUACUUUUGAUAGGUGCCACUGGGUUCGUUGGCGCCUUCAUGUUGUCCAUGUUGGUGGCUAUGCCCGAAUUGCAGACCGUCACUUGCCUGGUUCGUGCUGACUGCACGGCGACAGCGAUGAAACGGCUUGAAACAGCAUUUACCAAGCUUCGCACGCCAAUUCAGUCCUGGGACAAAGUUCGAGCUAUUCCAGGAGAUAUCACCCGUCAAGACCUUGGUCUGGAAGCCGAUGAGCAUAUUCGUCUAUCCAGUCAAUGCAGUGCCAUUUUCCAUCUAGGCGCCGUUGUCAACUAUACUCUACCAUACUCUGCUCAUCGGGAUACCAAUGUUCUCGGUCUUUUGAAUGUCAUCGAAUUUGCCAAUACUCGUCGCCUCAAACCUGUUCAUUAUUUCUCGGGCAUGGCCGCAUAUGGCCCAUCAGGCUUUCUCAGCAGCCCGACAUAUGUGCCAGAAAAUGAGAGGCCAACACCUGGUUCUGGAGAUCUACAGCACCAUACUGGCUACUCACUCAGCAAAUAUGUUGGAGAAUGCAUCGCGUGGGAUGCUAUCUCGAAUGGAUUCCCUCUCGCAAUUCAUCGGGCUGGUUUCGUUUUAGGACACAGUGUGACGGGAAUAGGAAAUGCAGACGAUGCUGUCAAUCGCCUCAUGUCGACUUGCAUUAGUCUGGGUGCAUAUCCGAUUCCCCCUGCCCAACGAAACUGUUUUGUCCCCGUUGACUUUGUGUGCUCGGCUGCUUUGCAUAUCUCACUUUGCAACAAUAACCUUGGUCAGGCGUACAAUCUGAUUCAUCCAGACCAAGACCAAAACAUCGACCUGUCAGCAACAUUUGGCAUGCUCAGCCAAUUAACUUCACAGCCACUCCGCGCUGUCGAGAUUUCCGAAUGGGCAGAGCUAAUGUCAAACGCCGCCGGCCACCGUCUAAGUGGCAUUGCGCCAAUCAUUGCGGAGAAAUUAACGGAAGGUUCAAUCUGGUGGAAAAACAAACAGGAUGCAAUGGUGAUUCAUGGGACUGAAAAUCUUCACAGAGCUUUGGCAGAUCGACCGGACAUUCUGAAGUGCAAGACCAUGUUUGAACUAAUGGAGACAUACUUUACCCAAUGGAAGUAA